AGAGAGCGAGAGGGAGCAGUCAGUGCUGUAGGGAGGAGGGAGAGUGAGUGAAUGAGAGCUGCUGGAUCUGCUGUUUGAUUGUUAUGCUGGGCUGCCUCCUUCCACACUGUACUGGCACAACAGAGUACCCUGCCACCACUACAGACGCUGCUGAUUACUCUGCUAGUUAGCCACACUGCUAGCAGGAGAGCCAGGGGCCACCAGGAAUCAGGCUAGCUGGGCUUCUCCAUCCUUUGAGCAGGGGACGUAGCCACGUCGUGGAGUGGAGGGGGCUAACACUACUGUUUAGGUACCCGCUUCUACUUCAUCCAAACAUCCCUCUCCCCACCACCACCACCAGCAGCAGCCCGCUCGCUCCUCUCUAUGCCCUUGUCCUCGGCGGCUCCUCUCAACUCCCUGGCCAGUAUAUGGAUAGAAGCUCUCUGUUUCAGCUCAUACAAGAGCAGCUGGACCCAGACAACACCGGUUUCAUUGCAGUGGAGAACUUCACCAGUCUGGUGGAGCACCAUGAGCUGCAGCUGGACCCCUCCAAACUGGACAUGCUGUUUGCACUGGUGCAGAGCAACGAGGAUGGACAGGUGUGCUACCAGGAGCUCAUCGAGCUGAUGAGCAGCAAGCGCUCCAGCAGUUUCCGACGAGCCAUCGCCAAUGGCCGCCGCACACUGCAACGGGAGAUCCUAUUGGAUGAGACGGGCCUGGGCGUGUACAAGCGCUUUGUGCGCUACGUGGCCUAUGAGAUCCUGCCCUGCGAGACAGACCGGCGCUGGUACUUCCACCAGAACAGCUUGUGUCCUCCUCCUGUCUUCAUGGCCAUCAUUACCAUCAUCCAGAUCGUUGUGUUCAUGUGCUAUGGCAUCAUGCUGAAUAAGUGGGUACUGCAGACAUACCAGCCAGACUUCAUGAAGAGCUCCCUGGUGUACCACCCCAGACACCGCCUCCAGGUGUGGCGCUUCUUCAGCUACAUGUUCAUGCACGUUGGGUUGGAACAGCUGGGGUUCAACGCUCUUCUCCAGCUGAUGAUCGGCGUUCCCUUGGAGAUGGUCCAUGGCAUCCUACGCAUCAGUCUGCUCUACAUGGCUGGUGUAGUGGCAGGUUCCCUGACUGUGUCCAUCACAGACAUGCGUGCUCCAGUGGUGGGGGGCUCCGGGGGUGUCUACGCUCUGUGCUCGGCGCAUCUGGCCAACGUCGUCAUGAACUGGGCCGGUAUGCGGUGUCCAUACAAGCUCCUCCGCAUGAUUCUGGCACUGGUGUGCAUGAGUUCGGAGGUGGGCCGUGCCGUGUGGCUGCGCUUCUCCCCGCCCUUGCCCUCCUCGGGGCCCCAGCCCAGCUUCAUGGCCCACCUGGCGGGGGCGGUGGUGGGCAUCAGCAUGGGCCUGCUCAUCCUGCGCAGCUACGAGGAGAGCCUGCAGAAGCAGUGCUCCUGGUGGGUCAUCCUCUUCUCCUUCAUCACCUUCCUUCUCUUCGCCAUCUUCUGGAACAUCUUUGCCUACGAGCUGCUGGGGGUGCAGCUUCCACCCGCUCCCUGACACCAAGAAGCUCUCUCUCACUCCAUUACAUUUUCCCUCUCACUGUCACAUGUCAAGACCCAGCGCCUUCGCCAUAUCCUUUUCCUGUCCGCUCAGCCAACCUCCCCGGCAACACCAUUCAAAACACAGGAUGUUAUUUAAUUCAAAACUGUACAGAGCAGGAAUAAUUUUUCCCAAUGUACCCAUAUCAUCAUAGAAUGAUCUCUGUUUUGUGGUGGGAGGGAAUUUGGUAGCAAUAUAUGCAGGUGAAAGAUGUGUAGCUGUCUUUAUAUUCUCAUUGUGGAGCAUCCCUUUUGUCUUUUGUGUUGAAGCUUAACCCAGCUUCAGGCAGAACCUGUCAGAGAGCCAUUAUGAAUAAUACCAUGCAGUGUCAGCUCUCCUCUCCUGUUCAGAGUGGGUUUAUGACCCUUGAGGUGCUUCUUACUGGACAGAUGUGUGUUCUGUCAGUAUUCCUCACUGCCCCUUUUAAAGACAUGAGGCAGAAGGACACCAAUGUUCUACUGCUCAACAUGCACCUAAACACUAGAUCUACACUGUGGAAUAAGAAUAGGAAUUCACAGGAUUAGGUAUUACAUGUAACAAGGCAUGCAGCUAGGAAGGUGGAAAAGACAGAGAAGAAAAUAAAUCAAUGCUGAAACCGUGAUAUCCUAUUUCCCCACCAUCACCACUGUGGUGCUCAUGUCCCUAGUAGCCAUUGUCACUCUCAUUUUCCACCCAACCUAAAUGCUUCAGCAGGUUAGCAUAAUCUCUAGCAGUACCAUACCCUAGCCUGCUAAAGCACCAGCAUCUCAUCUAGCCCAUGCUCUAAGGUCCAAACUGAGACGUGUGCUCUUUACACCCCCACCAACCCGCACCCUUCUCCUGUGUCACCGUCUCCAAGAACAACCACUGCCUGAUGCUGUAAGUCAGCGCGGGAACGCAAAGCGAGCGACACAGGCCUCUCUGUCUAUUCUCACUCUAACAGACGGAACUAGGGAGGGCAACGGACAUGUCAUCAUCGCCUGACCUCUGACCUUCGUGUCCCAGCGGGCAUUGGGUUCAGUCUGUCAAAGCCCAGUCUAUACCUCAGUGUCUCAUUCUUAGGGACUGUAUACUUUUGUAAAGGAAUGUACACAUAAAAAAAGGAGUGUUAAUCAUUUAUUUCUGUUUCUUUCUUGUUUGGGAAAACAAAAGAAGAACAUUUCAAAUGGUGCAGACGAAAUGCGAUGAUUGUUGUUCUUAUGAUAUCUCCUACCAUACAGCUUUGAUCCUCUGAAAGUGAUUCGACAGCAGACACCCCUGGUUACUAUGAUGAAUGAACAUCAAUGAAGCAAGUUACACUCGUCUUUAUAAAUCUUAGUGCUUUACAGAGUAAGCCAUAGAAGAACCCAUUCGACGUAGAAAUGGAAAACAAAGGCAGAGUGAAAACAGUCAGUGACUGUUUGCUGGUAUAUGCUUCGGUGAAAUUUCUGCCGUGUGGUCCUCAAUGGUAAUGUCAAAGCUGAUAAUAACACGUGUCAUAUGAGUUAUGUGGCAAAUGAGACCGGAUGACAAAGGCAAACUGUUUGUGCAAGAACAUGCUUGAGAAACGCUGGACUGUCGCUCUCAGGCGACAUUAGAUAUUUGUUGAUAAACACAUCUUAAAACCUUGGUUGCCAGAUAGAAUAUUUAGACACACGUUACUACAUGGUUGCCAGAUUCUAAAUCCCCCCCAGUGUGGUGAUGCCUGACGACAGUAUAUUUUGGUUAAUGACACAUUUUGGAUAGAGAAACCUGCCACAAAUUAGCUCAUUGACUGAAUCAAGAAAUUGCUAAGCUUUGACUAAUCUUGAAAUUCCAUUCACUUAUUUAAUUUCUGUAUACUUUUUUUCUUCAGUCUGUAGUCUAUUUAAUUUGGAAGGUGUCUUCUGACUGCUUUAGAAAACUUUUAGAGUUGCCAAUGCUGUCAAUUGGUCUCAGACAUAAUCCUCAGCAUACAUGAUUAUGUCACUGACAGAGGAUACAGGCAUACUGAGUGUGCCAUAACGAAUAACUUUAUGAAAGGUGAAUUCUAUCUAAGAGGAGGAUAAUUGUGCCUCGUAGGCUAAAGAAUCCAUAGCACAUUAACCCAGAAAAGGCAUAGGGCUGAUGAAAGGGCUAUAAACUAAAUACCGAUGUUAUUGUAAAACACAUAAAAAACUGUUAAAAGGUCCAAUGCAGCCAUUUUUAUCUCAAUAUCAAAUCAUUUCUGGUUAACAAUUAAGUACCUCACUGUGAUUGUUUUAAAAAUGUACUUCUUAGCAAAGAGCAAUAUCUCAAUAAACAAUUUGGCUAGGACUGAGUGGGGAGUGGAAAACUGAAAACUAGCUGUUAUUUUCAGAGCGGUUCUUAUGGGUCUAUUAACGAAUUGACGUCACCAGGCAGGCCAAAACUCCAUCCGACCAAAACAGGCAGACAUUUCAGGUGGUCUUUUCAAACAGCUCUUACACUAAAAAGGCAUUAUCAUAAUUUUCACAGUAUUAUUCCAACCUCAUAGCGUGGAAAUAUGCUGCAUAUAAAACAAAGGAGAAUGGGGUUUUUGACUGCACUGGGCCUUGAAUAGGAACCUUCCAGGAAAUUAAAACUAAACGACUAAAGGGGUGACAAAAGCUGAUGUACAAGGUGCAAGCUUCUAUCUCCCCACCCUUAAAAACGCACCAGGGUCUCAGUUCAAACAGGCUUUUUAAUUGUAUUUUUAAAUCACUGUAUGUCUAAUAAAUCCCUGUAUGUGUUUAUUUGAUCAAAAUAACUCAAAAGAUAUCUGUUUUAUCAUGUAUUUCUCGGAGACUCUUUUUGCCAUUGAAAUGUGCGGGCGUGUCAAUACGAAUGUAAAUAUAUUUACAUACACAGCCCUGAUUGGCGUAUAGGAUCUUCUAGACUCCAGAGCCUGCCCCGCUUACCCCUUCAAAGUAGGAAGCAUAGAGAUCCUAUUAAAUGACUAAUCCCUCAAUGUUCCAGAAAGGCAUGAAAUGGCAGCCAUUUUGGUCAGGGAGAAAUCCAAACCAGUCUAAUUGGAAUUAAUGGCAGUAAAGGCAUAGGUGAUGUAUUUUCUGCUUUUCCUUAUGCAGGAAAAUAAAAGUAAGGCAUGUGAUAUCAUAAAAGUUGUUUAAUAGAAAUACUGCCAUAUACAGUACAUCCAGUUGAAGUCGGAAGUUUACAUACACUGAGGUUGGAGUCAUUAAAACUAGUUUUUCAACCACUCCACAAAUUCCUUGUUAACAAACUAUAGUUUAUGCAAGUCGGUUA